UUAGAUGGAUUUAGAUUCUCAAUUUCUCUUGAAACCAAAGCCCCCAUUUCCAAUUUUAUAUUUUAAUUUCUCAGAUCACAGACAGAGAAAGUGAGAGGGAAAAAAAAGGAAGAAAAUUUAUAUAAUUGAGCUGUAAUUUAUUAUUAUUACAUAUAAAAAAUGCGGAGGGAUUGUAAUUUGUAAGAGAUCGUCCUGCAUCAUAUGUAAUCUGCGUAUGUGUGAGUGCAUGCUCAUCUCAUCUGAAACCCCUUUCACUUUGAAUCACCAUUUGGUGGGUCUCUACAAAAUACUGAAAGUUCUGGUUAUAACCCCACAGAUUUAAAAUCACAUCGGGCACUUUGUUGUUUGUCGCCAUAGCAAGUGCUGAGUAGUUUCCUGAAGGCAGGACACUAGGACAUCAAGCUGAGUUAUGGUAACAUUGAGGGGAAUGUUCUGAGAUAUUGGGGUAUCACCCAAAUCAGAAAGAAGUUUGCCAAACAUUCUAUGAUUCAGACUGCUGAUAUGAGACUUGAAUCAGGGACUUGUAAUGUGUGUUCAGCUCCUUGUUCAUCUUGCACAUAUAACCAUUCUCUCAUGGGGUCAAAGGCUGAAGAAUUUUCUGAUGAAAACUGUCGUUUAGGGGAGGCCAAUAAUCACUGUUCUAUGGACCAGAGCAAUUUAUCUUCUCUUAGGAGUAAAGCUUCUGAAAACUUGCAGCAUGCUGUUAGUGAAACCAGUAACAUUCUCAGUGUUAAUUCUAGUCAGGAUUCUCUAUCUGAAAAUGCCCAGAGUAAGCAGGUCUUGUCAGAUAAGUAUCAGGGCUCAAAAUAUUUAGAAGGCCAUGAUGAUAACAUUUCUAGUAUUAGUAGAGCCAGUGAUUCUAAUUUAGAGAACACCAGCCAUCAAAGAAAUGCAGAAAGAAUAAAUGCUUGUAGUUCAGCUUCAGUUAGUCAUGUAGGCGCAGAAGGAUCUGUUGGUACUCCAUCUGUUGAUAUGUCUGGUUUGUCUGAGAUUCCAUCCUCUAAAGAUGCAGAUAGUGGGCAUAGCACAUCUAAGGUACAAAGCAUGAAUGGACAAUCUCAAAGUGGUAAAUCUCUCUCAAAUAGUGCAAGGUUAAUUCAUCCAGAAGGGAAAUUAUUGUCUCGUAUCCCUGAAAAGUUGUUAGAAAGCCCUAAUGAAAACCCUAAUUCAUCAUUGAACAAAGAGGCAGCAUCUACUGUUGUAUCUGGUGAGAAAUCAAUUGCCAGUAAUGAUAGCCCUAAUGACAGUAUUGCCAAGGUUUCAUCGGAAGUUUGUCCAAAGUCAGAAGCAGGUACUGAUAACAUAGGUGAUGCUAAAGAUGAAAGCUUUAAAGGUUCAGUCCGUGAUGGACAGCAUGAGAAGACUGAGGAGUUGGUUAAAUCCCCUUUUAAGCAGGAACUUCAAUCUGAAGAUGAGAGUGAUGAAUUGGAUGCUGUGGAACAUGACGUAAAAGUGUGUGACAUAUGUGGAGAUGCUGGUCGGGAGGAUCUACUAGCUAUAUGCAGUAGGUGCAGUGAUGGUGCUGAGCACACCUACUGCAUGCGAGAAAUGCUUCAGAAGGUCCCUGAAGGGGAAUGGUUAUGUGAAGAAUGUAAAUAUGCAGAGGAGACUAGAAAUCAAGGGCUUGAAGCUGAGGAGAAAAUAAUUCUUAAAGGUAGUUUAACUUCACAAGUUUCUAACAAACGACUUUUGGAAAACAUUGAAGUAGCUUCUGCAGCAAAAAGGCAAGCUCUUGAAUCAAGCACAGGGUCACCAAAGGCAUCGAGUCCUAAAAGAUUAGUCCCUCUGUCUCGUGAAUCUUCGUUUAAGAACUUAGAUAAAGGAAAGGUGAAGCCUGGUCAUCUGAUGCCUAUUCAUAAUCAUUCUAGCGGUGAUGACACAGAAGUUGCUCGAUCUCCUUCCAUUGGUCCCCGAAGUCAAAUUCCUAAGAGUACAUUAUCGAAAUGUAGUUCUUUCAACAACUUGAGUUCCAAGCCUAGAGUCAAAAUUGUUGAUGAUGUUGUUCCCCAGAAACCGAAAGGGGCUGGUGAUCAGUCUUCCAAGAAUAUGGAGAUGCCUGCGCGCAUGACAGGAAAAUCAACGUUAUUCAAAUCCUCAAGUUUGGGUAGGUCAAGUACAACUGCACCAAAAGUUAAAAUGCUUUCGCCCAAGUCUGCAACUGUCCAGGAGCCGAAAGGACUAAAACAUAUGAAAGAAUCAGGUGCAUUUGACAGGAAAUUUCCAGCUAGGACUGAUCGGCCUGUUGUUAGUUCAUCAAUAGCUAGUUCUGUUGUGUCUACAGCUAAGGGUGAUCAGAAGCUAACAUCUCGUGGUGAAACCACUAAACCUUCAGCAGUAUGCAACAAUCGAGAGUUGAGGGUUAACCAGGAUGGAAAAUCAAAUACAUCAUAUAAGUUAGUGAGUAAUGUAAGUCAGAAAACUUUGGAGCCUCAAGUUUGCUCAGAGAAAACAUCAACCAAUAUUGAUGAAGCUGUACAGGACGUCCUGCCUCGGCCACGAGAGACAGCAAAUCAGGUUGAGAAAACCAGAGGUGGUUCUGAUGAUCGUGUGAGGCCAGGUUUUAGUAAUGCUUCAAAAAAUCCAAUCUGUCAAAAAUGUAAAGAAUAUGGCCAUGUUCUGGAAUUUUGUACAGCUGGUAAUACACAGGAAUCUGGAGCUGAAGUAUCAUUCUCUGCUUCAAGUAGUUCAAUUGAGGAUAUGCAUAAGGGUAAUAAAUUGAAAGCUGCAAUCCAGGCUGCCCUACUUAGAAGGCCUGAAAUAUACAAGAAGAAAGAAACACCUAAUCAAACUGAUGGGGUUUCUCCAUCAGGCACAAACUUGAAUGGUGAAGUCAUUUUGCAAGACCAACCAAUUGUUUCGAGCUCGCCAAAGAAUAUUGUAUCAGCUGUAGAAACCCGGGAACAGCAAGAAAUCCUUGAGAGUUCUACAUCUGAUUCGAUCAAAUGUUUGUCUGAUGAUGAUUUGAAGCAACCAAAAGUUUCUCCAACUGGUUUUUGUUCUCAACCAGUAAAGUCAGAUUCUGUUGGCCUUGCUGCUGGAAAGCCUGUAGUAAGAGAUUUGUCUAAUAAAGCUUUGGCCAUCCCAAUUGCCAUUUCGAAGAUGUUGGUCAUUCCAGAAUAUGAAUAUAUCUGGCAGGGUGUAUUUGAAGUGCAUCGAAAUGGAAAGCCUCCUAAUUUUUGUGCUGGAGUCCAAGCACAUUUAUCCUCUUGUGCUUCCCCAAAGGUUCGUCAGGAAGUGAACAAGUUUCUACCCAAAGUUACCCUGAAUGAAGUUCCUCGUUUGAGCACAUGGCCUUCACAAUUUCGUCAAGUUGGCACAAGAGAAGAUCAUAUUGCUCUUUACUUCUUUGCCAAAGAUAUUGAGAGUUAUGAGAGGCACUACAAGGGUCUAGUGGAUCACAUGAUUAGAAGUGAUUUAGCACUUAAAGGAACUUUUGAUGGUGUUGAACUUCUUAUAUUCCCGUCCAGUCAACUUCCUGAAAAUUCACAGCGCUGGAAUAUGUUGUUUUUCUUAUGGGGCGUAUUUAGGGGGAGGAGGAUCAGUCAUUCAGAUUCUACAGAAAAAAAUUGUAUUCCCAGUCUGAAUGCAGUGCCAGUUGAAGAGGAUUCUACUACUGCUGUUGUGACCAAGUCUGAAACACAUUGCUCCCAAAAAUACACAGAUGAAAAAACAAUUGCCUGUGAUGAAGUAUGCGCUGCACGUCCUCCAUCUGGUUAUAUAGACCAACCUCGGAUUACAGCAAGUAUGAUCAAUGAUAACAAUGACCAGACACAUCUGGGUUUGCAAGUAAAAUUGGAGAAGCAAGAUAGUGGAGUUGACAUCAAAUCUACAUCAGUGGUUCCAAUUGACAGUACAUUUUUAUGCCACGAGAUGAAAUCCACUGGUUCAUCACUGAAACCUAAUGGACUAGAACAUGGACAGUGCAGAGAGUCUAAGCCUCCUGAAGCGAUUGGGAUUAGUGUAAAUACAAGAACUGUUGAAACAAAAACUGGUUUUGACAUUUCUGUAAAGCAAGAGAAAGCCUUGUUGACAGAGAUUCCCUCUGUUGGCAAACAAGAAAGAGGUACUCCAAGCAGUGUUGUUAAUCAUAAAAUGUCAGAGAGAGUGAACAGUGACGAAGAUCAGCAAAAUCCCAGUAUGAAACAGAAAGCAGAUGAUCACUAUAUUGACUUGGAAGCAACAACUUCUUGCGAUCAAGGAAAAGGUGCCGAAAGCCAUUCGAUUAAACAAAAAAUUUCAGGGAGGAUAAACAGUGAUGAAGAAGGUCAGCAAAGGCCUAAGAGAAAACCAAAAGGUGUUUACUUUAUUGACUUGGAGGCAACUGUUGGAGAUCAAGAAACAGAGACUGCAAGCAAUGACAGUAAGGAUAGAAUUUCUGAGAGAAUGAAUGGUGAUGAAGAUCAGCAAAGGCCUAAGACGAAGCAGAAAGAUUAUCAUUAUAUUGACUUGGAGGCACCUGUAGACAAUCAUGACCAAGAUUCUGCAAACAGUAUUUGUAAGGAUGAAGUUUUGGGGAGAAUGGAUGGCGAAGGUAAGCAAUGGCCAACAAAGAAACAAAAAGAUUAUCAUUAUAUUGACUUGGAGGCAAACAAUGAGGAGGAAGUUCAAUAUGUAGAUCUUUCUGACACAGUUAUGCAGGCUCCUGUAGUCAGUUGUCAGAAACGGUCUUGGGACGAGGUAAAUGGAAAAUUGGAAGAUGGAGGAAGCUCUAGCAAGAAGCUGAAGGCAGGUUUUGGUGGGAUUUAUGGGGGUUCCAGUUCUGAAGGUAGGGACUCUCUUGAAAUCGGUUCGUCUUCUUCAGUUGAGGGAAAAGGGUGUAAAGAAGCUUGUGAGGAGAAAAUCAUCCCUGAGGAUGUUGGAUCAAUCGAAAGAACCUUCUUUCCCGUUGAUAACUCACGGAUGGUGCUAAGCAGCACGUUGCUAAAAGGGCCUCAUGAGUACAGGGACCGAUUUCAUGAUGCAAUUCCAAAUCUAGAGCUUGGUUUAAGGGGCGAAACAAUACCACCUCCACCUCCACCUCGACAGCGAAUGCUUCCUUUCCUUGUUGGAGCAGUAGACAGGAAAAACAUCCCAGAAAUCUGUCCAGAUGGCUUGGCAAACGAGCAGGAAGAUGAUGAUGGUGAUGCUGCAUCUCUUUCACUUUCUCUAUCAUUUCCAACUUCCAACAAGGACCCAAAAAUACCUGCUACAAAAGCAGCAGAGGUCUUACCUGAUGAGCAUCGUGUGAAUAGUUCGUUCCUCCUUUUUGGAAGAUACACAGACAAAUAAUCUGCUGCUAUUUGCUGAUAUAAUCAUGUACAUUAUCCUGUUCCAGAUGGCUCAUCAUCCUGUAUUAACAAAGGAGCCAUUGUCCUCAGCAAGAGUCAAUAAGUUUUUUUCUUUUUAACUUUGUCAAAUACAUGUUUUUAUGUUUAGCCUUUUGGUUUUCAGAAUGCAUAGUUUACGGCUGUUUGUAUGUAUAUAGAGAGAAUUGAAGCCGGUCAUAAUUUCAGAAAUUACUACUACUACUACUACUACUACUACUACUACUAGGAGAACUUGCAUAUGGAGUGGCAAAUAGAUGGAGAACUUGAAGCCGGUCAUAAUUGCAGUGGCUUUGCGACAAUGCUACUUGUGCUUUGUUUUCGCCUUA